AUGGCAAACAUGCGACGAAACUCUCCUCCACGGGACAAGGCACCCGUUAAGAAAGCGUGGACUGGACAGGUCGCAGCUCAGCUGGCCUGCAGCAGCCCACACACCAAGAUGUUGCGACCAAUUUUCUAUCACGUUGCGGAUGUUUGGGCCAGUUUCAAACCCUCCUCGAACCACGAGGAGAUCGUCAAGGCGGCGCCGGACACCUGGGAGGUGCUGCCAAAGGCCUUCGACAAGAACUACCGUAACCCUUGCUGGACGGAUGCAAGCGGGCGCUUCAGGUGCGCGCCGUACUUUCAAAUCAUCGGCGUAUCCAAGUGCGGUACGACGGAUUUGUACGGCAGGCUGAAUCGUCACCCUGACAUGGCCGAGGGCGCCAAGGGCCCUCACUUUUGGGACGAAUGCCCGUACCCUCCAAAGGGCGCCUGCACCGCCCCGCCGAACGGCGACUUCGACGGCUACAUCAACCUCUUCGAGAAGGGCGCCGCUGUAAUCCGAACAAAUUCGCUUGCUAUUGUGGGAGAAGCCUCGUCAAACACGUACACGGGUGUUUUUACGUUUGUACGUGGUUUGGCUCGUCUCAAGACCAACGUCACGCUCGCGCAGCUUAUUUAUGAGGCGCAGCCGUACCAGCGCCAGAUCAUCAUUAUGCGCGACCCUGUCUCCCGAUACUACUCGGCCUUCCAUUACUACAGGCGGCGACCCACCGACCCAUUCGAGGGCCCGGACAAGUUCCAUGAGCGUGUGGAGCGGGAUAUCAAUCUGUGGACCACUUGCGAGCAGCGUUUUGGCGUGAAGGAGUGCGUGAAGCGUUACGAGCCCCAGCAGCUCGUCAAGGGCAUGUACAGCGAGUUUGUGGAUGCGUGGACGUCGGUGUUUCCCAGCGAGCAGCUGAUGUUUUUGAGAACGGAGGACUACAAAGCGGCGCCCCGGGAGCACAUCCAAGCGGUUAUUAAGUUUUUGGGUAUGCGCGACCUAUCGGACGAGGAGACCACCACCAUGAUGCGCCUUCGCCGCUUCAAUGCUCAGAGUGAGAAGUACCCGCGAAUGUGGCCGAAAUCAAGGAAGAUGCUGGAGGACUUCUACCGGCCCUUCAACCAGAAGCUGGCUAAGUUGAUGGGUGAUGAUCCCCGCUUUCUGUGGGAGGACACCGCGAAGAAGGCGGCGGCUGCAGCGGCAGCGGCGGGCACGACUGCGUCGCAGUAG